GGAAUCCUAACUGCUAUUCUUUCUUCCUGCUCAAAAGCAACCUGCAAUGAGCUCAAACCCUCAGUCCUUUAGGGCAGCUUACCUCAGCUGAACAGUGCAGCUUCUUUAGAGCUCUCUUCCACUGGGGAUAGAAUACCAGAAGAGGGGUUCAUUAGGCUGGAGAGAAACCAGUGGAACCUGUCCUCCUUUCACAACACCCCAGAUACUGGGUCCCAGACAAGCUGAGAGUAGGAGCAGAGAUGCCAGACCUUUCCUUUUGUCUUCUCAUGUGGUCCCCAUCAUACACCAAGCUAGCUAGAGAACUUCCCCAAAGGUGACAUUCCUGGGCUGGAGAAGUUGCUCUCCAGGGGCGUGUGAUGUCAUUAGGUGACAGAAGUCCAGAGUAUCUCUAGCAGGAAGAGAGGCCAGCAAAAAGCCACUCCUGCUUCUCUGGCCUGCUGCUGGAUGUUCAUGUUUUUACACAACCCACCUCAGCAGUUUCCCAGGGUAACUGUUGCUCGCUCCCAAUUCAAAACUUUCUUCCGAGUCACUUUUGGGACAAGGACUGGGCCAUUCUCACCAUCUUUGUGGUCUCUCUGCCUUGGGCCUUAGAUCCAAGGCUGUGCUGGAGACCCCAAUUGCUUUAUGACAGUGCUGAUUUCUAAUCUACCCAGCUGGGGCUGGAAAAGGACUACACAAGGACUACACAAGCCUGGUGGUUGGGUGACAGCUGGAGGGGACCCUCCAAGCUGUGGUUGCACCCUAUCACUGGGAAGUGUUCAGUAUGCAGAUAAAAGCGGGAGUGCCAGUCAGUCAACAUCCAAGUUAAUUUUAUAAGUCCCUCUGAGCCCACAAAGCUCUCCUACACAUGGGAUUUGUCCAAGUUGUGAUUAAGAAAUGGGGCUCUCAGGUAUGGUAAAGCCAACACAUAUGAAGCAUUUUUUCCCCUGACUCUUUCUAUCCUGGCAUAGAUAGUCCCGGAGCCCUAGUGGGUAGAAGUUUGGCUGGGAUAAAGGACAUUCAGCAGGGAUUUGGUUGUGUAUGUGUGCUAGGUCAACUGGACAGGCGCAUUACAUACAGAAGCUAGGUAAAGACAUUGGCUAUUGGGGUGGGGGUAGAAGGCACAAUGGUCAGGCAACUAGUGUGCUGGCAGUCGGAGUCUAAUCUGCCUUACUAGAAGCAGAAGUGGAUGACAUUGACCUCUGGGAGGGUAAUAGGAUGAGGGCAAAGCAGCCCCACCAGUGCUUGCUGCCUGGAUAGUGCUGGGGCUGAGGAGAGGUGAUGGCUGCCAAGUGAGGUCUCUGUGGCAAGAAACGGAUUUUCUGCAUACAGUACCUCAGUUUCUCCCUGUGUGUCAAGGUCUCAAGCUUUGCAGAUAAAAGUUUGGACUUGCAGUCCUGGAAGAUCAUCUACCUGUCUGAUAGCUUGGGAUGUGAGGUGUGGAGGGGCUAGGGAGAGUGCGAGCAGAGCUUGCUUGAACAUGGAGUGGGGGUAUUGGGCCAUGCCCCAGGACUUGAGCCAUCACUGGCACAAAAGGAGUUAAUGCCAGGGACCGCGCCCCCCGUGUCCGGGCACGCGCAGCGCGCCCCCUCGGUGCGCGGGCACAGCAGCCAGGCUGCCGGAGAGCUGAUCUCGGGGAUUCGGGUGCGGAGCCCUUGGCCUGGAGGCGAUAUGGGUGGUCCUUGGCCGGGUUCAGUCGUUUGCAGCCGCCUAGGGAACAGGCCUGUCUGGCCCUAAGGGAGCCCUCUUUCGAAGUGGUGGUGCUUGGACGACCCGCUCUCUGCUCUCUGCGUUGCUGGGCACCUGUAGGUGUCCCUCGAGAGCUCAGUUUUGAGGUUCAAGUCAGUGUGGCCAUGAAGGGGCUGCCUAUUGGGCUGAUGCUGUGACCCUGGAGUCUGCCUCUCCUGCCAGUACCCCUGCCCGGAACAUGUGGCUGCAGCUUGGCCUGCCCUCGCUGUCCCUGAGCCCCAUGCCCACAGUUGGCCGGAGUCUGUGCCUCACGCUGUGGUUCCUCAGUUUGGUGCUGAGGGCCAGUACACAGGCCCCAGCACCCACAGUCAAUACUCACUUUGGGAAGCUAAGGGGUGCCAGAGUACCAUUGCCCAGUGAGAUCCUGGGUCCUGUGGACCAGUACCUGGGGGUACCCUACGCAGCUCCCCCGAUCGGCGAGAAACGCUUCCUGCCCCCUGAACCACCCCCAUCCUGGUCAGGCAUCCGGAACGCCACACACUUUCCCCCAGUGUGCCCCCAGAACAUCCACACAGCUGUGCCCGAAGUUAUGCUGCCAGUCUGGUUCACUGCCAACUUGGAUAUCGUCGCUACUUACAUCCAGGAGCCCAAUGAAGACUGCCUCUACUUGAAUGUCUAUGUGCCCACGGAAGAUGUAAAGCGGAUUUCCAAGGAAUGCGCCCGAAAGCCCAACAAGAAAAUUUGUAGGAAAGGAGGAUCCGGCGCUAAGAAACAGGGCGAGGACUUAGCGGAUAAUGACGGGGAUGAAGAUGAAGACAUCCGCGACAGUGGUGCUAAGCCUGUCAUGGUCUACAUCCACGGAGGUUCUUACAUGGAAGGGACAGGCAACAUGAUUGACGGCAGCGUUCUUGCAAGUUAUGGCAACGUCAUCGUCAUCACCCUCAACUAUCGGGUCGGGGUGCUAGGUUUCCUGAGCACCGGGGAUCAGGCUGCCAAGGGCAACUAUGGGCUCCUUGACCAAAUCCAGGCCCUCCGCUGGGUGAGUGAGAACAUUGCCUUCUUUGGAGGAGAUCCCCGUCGAAUCACGGUCUUUGGCUCGGGCAUUGGUGCAUCCUGUGUCAGCCUCCUCACACUGUCUCAUCAUUCUGAGGGGCUUUUCCAGAGGGCCAUCAUCCAAAGUGGCUCUGCUCUAUCUAGCUGGGCUGUGAACUACCAACCGGUGAAGUACACCAGCUUGCUGGCAGACAAAGUGGGCUGUAAUGUGCUGGACACCGUGGAUAUGGUGGAUUGUCUUCGACAAAAGAGCGCCAAGGAGCUGGUAGAACAGGACAUUCAGCCAGCCCGCUACCAUGUGGCUUUUGGCCCUGUGAUUGAUGGUGAUGUCAUUCCUGAUGACCCUGAGAUCCUUAUGGAACAGGGAGAGUUCCUCAACUAUGAUAUCAUGCUAGGUGUCAACCAGGGUGAGGGUCUCAAGUUUGUAGAAGGGGUGGUAGACCCUGAGGAUGGUGUCUCUGGCACUGACUUUGACUACUCUGUCUCCAAUUUUGUGGACAAUCUGUAUGGCUACCCUGAGGGUAAGGACACCUUACGGGAGACCAUCAAGUUUAUGUACACAGACUGGGCAGAUCGUGACAACCCUGAGACCCGCCGUAAAACCCUGGUGGCGCUCUUCACUGACCACCAGUGGGUGGAACCUUCAGUGGUGACGGCUGACCUACAUGCCCGAUAUGGCUCACCUACCUACUUUUACGCCUUCUACCAUCACUGCCAGAGCCUCAUGAAGCCCGCGUGGUCAGAUGCAGCUCAUGGGGAUGAAGUGCCCUAUGUUUUUGGUGUCCCUAUGGUAGGUCCCACUGACCUUUUCCCCUGCAACUUCUCCAAGAAUGACGUUAUGCUCAGCGCUGUUGUUAUGACCUAUUGGACCAACUUUGCCAAGACUGGGGAUCCCAACAAGCCGGUACCCCAGGAUACCAAGUUCAUUCACACCAAGGCCAACCGCUUUGAGGAAGUGGCCUGGUCCAAAUACAAUCCCCGGGACCAGCUCUACCUUCACAUCGGGCUGAAACCAAGGGUUCGUGAUCAUUACCGAGCUACCAAGGUAGCCUUUUGGAAACACCUGGUGCCCCACCUGUACAACCUGCAUGACAUGUUCCACUAUACAUCCACGACCACCAAAGUGCCGCCCCCGGACACCACCCACAGCUCCCACAUCACUCGCAGGCCCAAUGGCAAGACCUGGAGCACCAAGCGGCCAGCCAUCUCACCUGCCUACAGCAAUGAGAAUGCCCCUGGGUCCUGGAAUGGGGACCAGGAUGCAGGGCCACUCCUGGUCGAGAACCCUCGAGACUACUCCACUGAACUAAGUGUCACCAUUGCCGUGGGGGCCUCCCUCCUGUUUCUCAAUGUGUUGGCCUUUGCUGCCCUUUAUUACCGUAAGGACAAACGGCGCCAGGAGCCCCUGAGGCAGCCUAGUCCCCAGAGGGGAACUGGUGCCCCUGAAUUGGGAACUGCUCCAGAGGAGGAGCUGGCAGCAUUACAGUUGGGGCCCACUCACCAUGAAUGUGAGGCUGGCCCACCCCACGACACACUGCGCCUCACAGCAUUGCCCGACUAUACCCUGACCCUGCGGCGGUCCCCUGAUGAUAUCCCACUCAUGACCCCCAACACCAUCACUAUGAUUCCCAACUCCCUGGUUGGGCUGCAGACCUUGCACCCCUAUAACACCUUUGCCGCGGGGUUCAACAGUACUGGGCUGCCCCACUCACACUCCACUACCCGUGUAUAGCUCUAGCGCGGAGCACAACCCAUCUCCCAGCUCCCUCCCUCCCAGACCCACAAACACACAUGCACACACAUACACAUAUAUGAACACGCACGCACCCACACCCUACAGCAGACCCAUCUGCACAAACACAGACAGAUGUGGACAUGCACCCGCAUGUACAAAAACACAAAUCCAGAAGUGAACCUGAACAGGCCCUUCAAAUGGGGACACAUAUGAGUCCUUGGUACCAAGGGCCCAUGGAAUAGCAGCUGGAGCCAGCUCCCUGAACCCGACCAGACACUCCUGGGGCCCUGGAAGCCACAGCCGGACACCCCCUUGGUGCUCGCCUUCUUGGAACUGCACCGUCUACCAACUGCAGACUUGGGAGCUUUAAAGAGCAGGAUAGCUCUUCCUCCCCCAGACUUGGUCUUUUCUCUGGGUCUUGUUUUUGUUGAUUUUUAAAAAAUUUGGAACCAAUGUUUUUCCAGCCCAUUGAAUGCUAAGCAGCUCUGGAAGGGAGGGCUUGAAGAUCAGGACUCUCUGGUUCUGGGACUCCCAGUGUUGGUUCAUACAACCAGACCAAGGAAAAGGACCUUCCAAGACAGUAACAGAUGGGAGCAAGACUAUGGGGUGAAAGGAGGAAGAGGCUAGCAAUGGAUGGACCUGGAGGGCCAUCAAGGACAGAGCACCAACUGGCUGUGGCGCUGUAGAGGACUGCAGCAUCAGCCUGGCUAGACCAGGGGAGCCUAGGUUUGGUAAACUAAGUACUGUGGAGGCCCGGAUCUUAUUGGACCUCUGGGUAUAUAAUCUGGGUUCUGCCUCUGCCCUUGGGGAAAUGAUAUCAGAUAUUUGCCCCCUUUUCUUUACAGUCUCUUUGUGUCUGUCAUUUCUCUUUCAAAAGAGCGGUGUUGUUUUUUUUUUUUUUUUGGUUUUUU